GAUAAUAAUAUAAAGUAAAUAAACAAUACAGAAAUCUAUAUAGUAUAUGUCUCCUUCUGCAUCUUUUAUGUUGCUUAACGUUUUGUUAAUAAAACCUUAAAAAAUUUAUGUUUAGUUGUUUUUAAUAGUUUAGCUAAUAAUGGCAGAUAACUACCGAUUCGCAGAAAGUGAUAGUUUACUAUGUUAUCAUGGACCAAUGUUAUAUGAAGCAAAGUGUUUAAAAAGGAGGAAAGCAAAUGAUGGUAAAGCACAAUAUUUUAUUCAUUACAAAGGCUGGAACAGUAAAUGGGAAGAAUGGGUAGACGACAAUCGAGUAUUGGCUGUCAAUACUGCCAAUAUGAACAAGAUGGCAUCAUUAAAAGAAAUACAUUCAAAUACAAAAAAAAGUGGAGCAAAACGUUCUAUCACUAUAGUUAAAGAAGAAACUGUACGGAAUGUUGUAACGCCCCCAACAAAAGCAAAAAAACGGAAAUUUUCAGAAAUUUCCUCUGAUUUAAAUCAAAUAGUAAAUGUUCCAUCGCCAACAGAGUCAAAACCAAAAAAACGAGGCCGGCCUCCUAAAAUUAUUACUCCUAAAAUUGAAGAAACUGAUACAACUGCAGAAACUGAAAUAACAGAAUCAGCUGAAUCAACUGAAGAAAAUAAAACUAUUGAAAAAGCAACUAAAGAAGUAGAUGCUGUGAAAGAAAAAGACAGUAUUAAGAAAGAAAACACCACCUCAACAGAAGACAUAGUUAAAAAAGAAGGCGCAACUAAAAAAGUAAACCCUCUUAAGAAAGAAGACACUCAUAAGAAAGAAGGCACUCAUAAGAAAGAAGAUACUCCUAAGAAAGAAUGUAUUCCUAAAAAAGAAUACAUUCCUAAAAAAGAAGAUACUCCUGUAAAAGAAGACACUCUUAACAUAGAUGAUACUCCUAUAGAUAACACUCCUAACAAAGAUGAUACUUCAAAAAAAGAAGACGUUCCUAAAAAGGUUGGAGUAACUAAAAUAAUUGAUGAAGUAACUGAAGAAAGUGACUCAACUAUAGAAGUUUUAGAUACUGAAAACAUUGAAGCAAACAAAGAUAUUGAACCUAUUAAAGUAGUUAAAAAUACUGAAGAACAAGAAAAAGACGAACUAGAAGAACAAGAAGAAACUACUAAAUCAGUUGAUGAAGAAAUUAAAGUACCUGAAGAAGUUGAAAAAGUUACUGAAGAACUUGGAGAAACUAAAUCUGUUGAAGAAACUGAAACAAUCAAAGAAGUUGAAAGAUCUGAAGACAUUGAAGAAACUGAAAACAUUGAAGAAUCAGAAUUGCUUGAAGGGCCUGAAGAUGAAAAUCUUGAAACAGAAUAUCUUGAAGCUGAAGAACUUGAAACUGAAGAAUUUGAAGGUGAAGAACUUGAAGGUGAAGAGUUCGAAGGUGAAGAACUUGAAGCUGAAGAGUUUGAAGAUGAAGAACUUGAUGCAUAUGAUGAAGCUGAAGAAUUUGAAGAAACUGAAGAAUUUGAAGGAACUGAUAUAGAAGAAGAGACUGAAAUAGAUGAAGAUGAUGAAGUUGAUGAAGAAACUAAAGCUUAUAUACUAACGAUAGCUGAAGCAGUUUCAAAACACGUAGGAAAUGAAAGGACCGAUGAUACAUUUACUGUUCCAGCUCCAGUGAUAAAAAUAACACCAGUAAUCAAUAUACCAGAUGUCAUAAAAGAAAAAAUUGCUAUUGAUCGUUCUAUGAUUAUGAAAAACAAUAAAAUAGUAACAUUUACAAAAACACUUACUAUUGAUAAUUUGGUACAAGAUUUUAUAAAUUCACUACCUGAAUCAGAAUUAUUAUUCAAUAUUAGUACGACGAUCAUACAGUAUUUCAAUGUUCUUAUACAUUCACGAUUAUUAUAUCCACCAGAGAUAAAAAUAAAAAUGCGUGAAAAGGCAAUAAAGACUUUGGAAGCCUAUAUAGAUACUGGUGAAGAAUAUCAUUUUAGUAACAAUUUGUUUCCUCAAAAAAUGUGGCAUUUGGUAUAUGGACCUUCAUAUCUACUACGGUUAUUUGUUUUAUUACCUGAAAUUGUAUCAUCCAAUGAAUUUUUGGAGAUUGAUACGGCUGGGUCUAUUGAAAAGCUUGAAUAUUUUAUGAAAUUUAUUGAAACCAAUAUUGAUCAAUAUUUUUCAAAUGUUAAAUAUACUGACAAUAAAUGAAGAAUUGAUUUGUGGUGUAUUUGAAAAAAAAUAUUAUUACAUUUUGGAAUAAUUAAAAUUAUUACUGAUUAAAUAAUUUAUAAAUUAAAAAAGUAAUUUGUGUACUAUACUCAUUAAAUAUGUGUAUAAUUGAAAUUAAUAAUUUAUAUUUAUAAUUGUUUAUAUCUUAGACUGUUUUUUUUUUUUAAAUUUAAAUAACAAUAACUUGUCUAGUUUUAAUUUUAUUCAUUAUGAUAAUAAUUAUAAUAUAUCAAAUAAAUAUAAUUAUAUUUUUUAA